GAGCGCUUGAGCCUUCAUUCGUGUCUCCAUUGUGUCUUCACGCUUUCAAGUACAUUCGGCCUUCUCCAGCUAGCUUUCUUACAUUUUUAUCGCUGUUGUCUCGCCUACAAGUCUUGCUGCAGCUACCAUGUCGAACUACGACUCAUUGCAUAGGCAAUGCCGGACCUUGGAAUCCCUAUUCGACUCUAAGCUGACCGCAUAUUCUCGUCUUGCAUCAACAAUCACUCGGAAUCAAGACGACAUUGAGGCUAGCGGGUCAGGAGAACGUUGGAAGGAUAUUGAAGCAGAAGUAGACGAGCUCUUGCAGAAGCUAGGAGAGAUAAAUGACCAAUUGUCCGGACUUUCCAGUGAUCCAGACCAGCCACCGUCGCAGUCUAUGCUUCGUGCUGUUCAGCGACAUAGAGAUGUGUAUCAGGAUUAUGUACGAGAACUUCGGAGGACGAAGACGAAUGUACAACAUGCACUCGACCAGGCGAAUCUUCUAAGCGGUGUACGGAAUGACAUUGAUGCGUAUAAGUCAUCAGCGGCCGAUGCAUUACUCUCGGAAAGAGGGCAUAUCGAUAACUCUCAUCAAAUGACGGAUGAUAUGCUUGCCCAAGCGUAUGAGACUCGAGCAGAGUUCGGUCGUCAGAGGUCAACGAUUUCUGGUAUCAAUUCUCGGAUGGCUGGAGUACUGAAUUCCAUGCCUGGAAUCAACAACCUGGUAUCCAUGAUCAAAUCCCGACGGCGAAGGGACUCGAUCAUCAUUGGUGUUAUUAUCGGACUGUGUCUCAUUCUACUUCUCACAUACAUAUUCUAGCUUUGUUGUGUAUCUGUGGGGCACUUCACAUAUUCUUAUACGCACGGACUCUUAGGGCUUUAUAGUAUACCACCUUUCAUAUGUACUUCUUCAGAACUCUGAGUCGCUCUCGUCAGUAUCCAACUCCAGUUGCCGUCGGUCUCGUUUCCUCUUCACUGGAAUGUGAUCCGCAAUCUGGAACCGCUUCCAAUUCUCUUCUAGCCGCUUCACCACACCCCAUUGUUCCACAUUAGUGUCCUGAUCGGUGUAUGUCCAUUCGUCUUCUAUCCUCCAUUUCUUGACUUCGGCAAUGCGAGGAUGCGAUGAGGCGCGCAUGCGGCUAUGAGAUCUCGAUGAGCGGGCGAACGAGAAUUGAUCACCGUGGAGAGGGAUAGAUAGACAUUAGCAUGCUUCUUCUGUACGAGGAUGUCAUGUUAGUUUCGAUCAACAGAGGCAGCGUUAAGUCAU